AUGGCUUAUCUGUCAAACAGCUUCGACUUCGAACACAUGCAAAACUCUACCAACUGGGAGGCCGUCCACAAGAAACGGUCUUUCGUCGCCCGAAAAAUGCACAAAAUCAACAAGACUAUCAAACCGAUACUGAGAGCGUUGUGCCGCCGGAACGCCGUGACCCCGGCCGCCCAACAAGUCGGUUCGGCUCUGGACCCGCGGGGCUUAUCACCCGAAGAGCUGGAGAACCUUCAGAACGAGUACAUCGAGCGCAAGCUAUCACAGGCGGUCGUGUACGACGAGGACGACUAUUACUCGGACACGGUCAGCAUCGAGUCCGGAUUGGGCAUGUCUUUCGAGGAACUCCGACCGGCCGACCGCAGGCAGCUCGUAUCUUUGUUGCCCGAGGCCGGGUACUACAUGUCCCGCGAUUUCUGGUUCGAAUCGGACAUCCGCACCGCCGGCCGACCAUCAUUCACCAGCCAACAGACGCCCCAGAGACAGCAGCCCUGCAGGUACUAA